GAGGAGGCAUUAGCUGAUCGUGAAGGUGCAUACACAGCAAGGAUAAGUGGAGCAUUCGUGGACCAUCAGCCAAAGACGAAAACAACGUUUCUCUGCUACUGAUCCCGAUGCGCUUCUGACUUUUUGAGGGCGGUGAGGGACUAGAGUGAGGACACAACGUCACUGCGACAUCGGCUCGUCAUUCCCUCACCCCUGCAUUCAUCCCGCUCACCCCCAAAACGCCCACUCUGAUCCCCCUCCCCUCUCCAUCGAGCGAAGAGCCCUCUGCAAUGGCCGAUACGCCGCCCACGGCACCCCGCCGCCUCCCCACUGCACCAGGGCGUCCAUCAGCGUGUGCUCCCUCGCAGCCUUCGGCGAGAGUUUGGGGGCUCGGUUGGCGUUUGGCUUUGGUGACGGUGCUGGCUUGGCUGGGCACGGUGGUUGGUGACUUGCCUGUUCAUUGUGAGCGUGAUGACAUCAUUGGCGAGUGGGUGUUUGAGCUGACGCGUGAGUACGACCACAGGACCAGCUGUGGCCACUCACACCCUGACGACGAGCGAUGCCAGCCUCUGCACAGUGAGUGGGUGGGUGGAUGGACGGAUGGGAGAGAUGCCCCCCUCAUUCAUCCUUCACCUCUCUGUGUGUGUCAGGUUCCUUCAAUGGCACUAGGACAAUUGGGUUGAAGCUGACGGAGCCGAACAAGUGCGAGAUGGACGACGGCAGCCGCUGCUCCUGGACCAUGGUCUACGACGAGGCCUGGGACGUCAAUGCAGAGGACCUUACCUUCCUGGCCUUCUCUCACUUUCGCCUUGUGCAGCCCAGCCUCCCUGGGGUGAGUGAGUGUGACCACACCACACCACAGACACUGCACACGUGCGUCCAUGCAUCAUAUCUCGCUGCGUUUGUCCUUGUGCUGUGCGGCACACACACCUGCCGUCUCGUCUGUCUGCUAGCAAAACACGCCCAAGGAUUCUAUCUGCACCGAGACGGAGGUGGGAUGGUUCCACAACUGGGCCACCGACAAGUGGGGCUGCUACAAGGGGCGCAUGACCAAGCGAUACCAACCAGAGGACAAGAAGUCCCCCUCAUCAUUGGACAAACGGCGGACAGACAUCGUCAUGUCAAGGUCCUCUGUGCAGCACUCCCGGUCCGGCAUCAGUGCCGCACUCGGCAGAGUUGCUCGUGGUGCCAGGGACGCCAUUCGGCGCCAGUUCAUGCCGCUGGCAUUCCCCUCGCUGUCGUGGCGGCGGAAAGGUGCCCGGCGGCCGAGCGGGACCCUGGAGCCGGGUGUGGGUGGUGGGGAGCCGGGAAGGCUUAAGUUGGAGACGCGAGAGGGCUAUGGGCGGGGGGGCGGGGAGAGCCCGCUGUCGAUGCUGUUCGUGCAGGCCAUUAUCGACAAAGAGAAGCCGCUCUCGCUCGCACAGCACCAGGUGGGGAAUGAAUGCAAUGCACCCAUGGCCACGAUGGAUGGAUGCAUCAGCGGAGAACGCCUUAAGCGUACCGUAUCCUGUUGUGUGUGUAGACGCUGGUGGACCACCUGAAUCGGGUGAUAAGUCACAACAAGGGCAGCUGGAAGGCCGCCGUCUACCCGCAGUUCGCCGGCAAGUCCUUCGAGCAGCUCAACCGAAUGGCCGGUCUCCCGAGGGACGCACAGCAGCGCCACUUCCCCCCGCCCCACAUGGCUGUGCCCGCCCAUCCACACACCAUCAGCCCGGAGGACUUCAUCCAGACAGCCGCGUCUGUGACGCUCGCCUCCAAACACUAUGCCAACCGCACUGCGUCGCAGCACCGGCAUAGCGACGAGGCGCCCAUUUCCGAGCCGUCUGCUCACUUGUACAGGGGAUCUGAUGUGGACACGGCAGAGUUUAUGGACAACUUCUCAUGGGGCAGCCAGAUGGGCGGGGCCAACUUCAUGCGACCGGCAGUGGACCAGGGCGACUGCGGAUCCUGCUACCUCGUGUCGACCAUUAACAUGCUCAAUGCACGGUGCGUCACACGAACGGCGAAGGGCAGGUGUUUGUGUGUAUGUGUCCAUGUGUUUGUGGACGGCCAUGUGUGUGUGUGUAGGUGGAAGAUCAAGCAUCCGGACGACCGUGACUUUGACGGUUUCAGCGAGGCGUUUGGACUGUCGUGCAGCGAAUACAACCAGGGGUGCAAAGGCGGAUACCCAUUCAUGGUACGGUCAGGUCAGGAGGGAGGGAGGGAGAACGAGAGACCACCUGCGAAAAUGUUACUAGACUAUGUGUGCAGGUGGUCAAGUGGAUGAGUGAGGUGGGUCUGCUGCCCCGCCGAUGCGGCGGAUACACUGCACAAGACAACUCAUGCCACAAGGUCAGACAGACAGACAGACAGACAGGGAGACAGGGAAUGAGGGAGGGAUGGAGGGAGCCGACCAUCACGUGGAUGAUGGUCCUGUGGUCUCCUCUCCAGGGCCACGUAGCUAAGUCGUUCCGUCAGUGCCUGGACAAUCCCCGGGUACCCAAGUACCGCGUCGCGCGAUACGGCUAUGUGGGGGGCUACUACGGCGGAUGCACUGAGGAGCUCAUGAUGCAGGAGCUAUACAAGUAACCACACCUACACCCACACUCACACGUGUGCAAAUGUGCUCCCCUCCCACAUGUACUCGUGUGCGUCGGUCAGGAAUGGUCCCAUAACGGUAUCGAUAGAGCCGACGCCCGACUUCAUGUACUACCAUGAGGGCGUCUUUAGCGAGGGGGGCGAGGUCCAACACACAGACUGGAUCAAGGUACGGACGUACGGUUUGUGGGUUGUGGACACCAUCCAUCCAUCCAUUUAUCCCCUAAUCUAUCACACGUACACCAUAACUAAGCGUGGUUAUGUGUGUGUUGUCCUUCCUCUGUCUGUCAGGUAGACCAUGCCGUGCUGCUGGUCGGCUGGGGGCUGGAGAAGGGAGCCAACCCCCUGGUAUGGCCAGUCAGUCAGCGACCGGGCCAUCGCCGCCCGCCACACGCUCAUCCAUCUCAUUCAUCCAUGUGUGUUGUGUGUCUGUAUUAAAUGUGCAGAGGUACUGGUUGGUUCAGAACAGCUGGGGCACCAACUGGGGCCUCAACGGCUACUUCAAGAUAGAGAGGGGCCGCAACAUCAUCGGCAUCGAAAGCGACGGCGUGUUCGCUGACGUCGACAAGAUCCAGCACUCGCCCGCCACACUCAGCAGCUUCUAUCACGUCAGACGCACCACUCCCUGCCUGCCCGACACGACAGCCCAUACAUGUCUCUGUCUGUCUGUCUGUGUGUCUGUCUGUCUGUGUCCAGCUGUUGAGUCCACCGAAGAAGGACGACAUUGCGUGGCAGUAUCACGACACGUGUGAGAGAAGUGAGGGCGGCGACGGGGAGGAGGCCUCUAACCUAGAGCUAGCAAGAAGGCGGGAGCAGCAAACGCAUCCCAUCAACGUCGACAGCGCCAGGAACAUGCGCAGAUAGCCACUUCGCACCAACGACACCAACCAAGAGAGAUAGCUGCAACGGUCCGCCCAUCGUGGCCAGCUAGAGACAAGGUCGCUUGCUGCUGCUGAGUGACAAGGAGGGUGUGUGCAGGGGAAGGGUCGCUUUCCAUUUGUGCAGAGGAAGGAAUUAAGGGGAGGAGGGGGGCGAGGAGAGGGCCAUGUACGUACAUGUAUAUUUGCUUCCAUCGAUC